AUGUCAACCAAAACAAGACAUUAUUUAGAACAAUUUAUUCCUGAACUAGAUGAUCUAGUGGAGAAAGGUGUAUUCACCAAAGAUGAAGUGUCCAACAUAAUGAAGAAAAGAACUAAUUUUGAACACCGCCUAAAUUCUCGUGGAUCCAGUAUAAAUGACUACGUGAAAUACAUUCAAUACGAGACUAAUGUGGAAAAAUUACGUGUCAAAAGAGUCCAUAGAAUUCUUCAAACAAAUAAAACAAACAGUAUAUCAGAUUGGUCUAUCCCUCAAAGAAUUGGGUUUAUAUAUCAGCGCGGUACCAACAAAUUUCCACAAGACCUUAAGUUUUGGGCUAUGUAUUUAAAUUUCCUCAAGAAUCGGGGGGUAUCUACCUCAUAUAAAAAAAUUCAUUCUGUUUACAACACAUUAUUGAAACUACAUCCAAAUAAUGUUAAUAUAUGGAUUAGUUGUGCUAAAUAUGAAUAUGAAAAACAUGCCAAUUUCAAAAGUUGUAGAAGUGUGUUCCAAAACGGGCUAAGGUUUAAUCCUGAUGUCUCAAAGUUGUGGUUCGAAUAUAUUAAAUUUGAAUUAAAUUUUAUAACCAAAUUAAUUAAUAGAAGAAAAGUUAUGAAUUUAAUUAAUGAAAGAGAACAAGAAUUAGAUAUGUUGAAUGAAGCUAAGGAAAAAGGACCAAAUGAUGAAAAUGAAGAUAAUGAUGACCAAGACUCAAAUAUUAAAACAAUAUCGACUGGUGAUGCUAUGAAGGAUAAAUUAAAUGAAUUGCCAGAAGCUGAUAUGAAUAUGUUGGGUUCUCAAGAGACUAAUCCUGCAUUACGUGGUGAUAUUGCCUUAACUAUUUUUGACAUUGGUAUGAAAUCUCUGGGUGAACAUUAUUUAAAAAAACAAAAAGGUUACUAUGCUGUAGCCGAUAAAACGACUAAUAAAGAAUUAAAAAAAGAAGCCAUUGAAUAUCUAUAUAAGGAAUCUCAAAAAUAUAUCGAAUUGUUUGAUCAAUUUAAAGAUUUACAACGAGACUAUCUAAUUAACCAUAUUUUACAAUACUGGAAAUUUGAGCACCAUGAUAUAUCAUUAAAGGAAGAGUUUCCAGAGUACUAUCUAAUGAAUAUGUUUAUUGAUAUUACACUUAACAUUAGAUAUAUGACUUUGGAAAACUUGGAUAUUGAUCAACUCCAAUUAUCUGUCAAGAAAUAUAUUGCUUAUAAAAGUAAAUUACCAGAAAAAGAUUCAAAGCAGCUACAAACCAAAUAUAAGGAUUACAUUAAAAGCACCUUCCUUGAUAAUAUAGAAGAAGAAGAAGACUCUAGAGUUAAGAUUCUUGACUUGAUUGUUAAAAAAUUGUAA